AAAUUUACAAGUUGUACGGAGAACAGGUGCGUGUUGUUGGCUUGCCAAAUGAAAAACGUGCAUUUUAAUAAUAAGCAAACACACACACUUGAGCAGUUCAAUUAGCCUUACCAAAAUGGAACAGUGGAAUAAUGUGGAGCUGACGAGCAUUACCAAAAAAUCAUAUACACUGAAUCACGUAUACGAUGGCGCCCAAAAGCUCAACAGUGGCAAGGCAAACGAGACGACAACAACGACUCCAACAACAUCAACAACAACAACCACAACAAGUGCCACAAAUGGCAAAGAGAGCGCGCCAGCUGAGGGUGAUGGGGUGCUGCAGCCCGGCUCGGAUAUCAAACCGAAAAUUGAGCCGGAAAAUGUGGAGCCGCUGGUGCGACGUCUCUACGGGAUUACAGUGAGCGAAUUGAAGGAGCUAAAUGCCUACGAUGAUCGCAACUACUGGAUACAGGCCGAUUGUAAUGUAAAGAACCCUUUGAUUGUGUCACAUUGCCCGCAUGGCUAUGUGCUGAAAAUUCUGAAUGCCUUGGAUUCGAAAAAGGAGGAUUUUGUGGAUGCUCAAAAUCAACUGCUGCUCUACUUAGCCAAACAAAACGUGCAAUGUCCACGACCCAUUGCCAAUGCACGUGGCAGCUAUUACUCCGUGGAACAGCUGAGUGGCAAUGGACAUGUGGUGCGCCUGCUGGAAUAUAUACCCGGCAAAAUGUUUCACGAAGUGGAUGUGACCAAAAAUCUACUCUAUCAGAGCGGUGAAUACUUGGCCAAAUUGGAUCGGGCACUGAAGAGCUUUACGCACAAGGCAUACGAAACCCACAAGACACUGUGGAUGCUGCAAUCGGUGCCACAAUUACGCGAUUUCCUCUACGUGCUCGAAGAUCAUCAGCGCAAAGCGCUAUGCGAGGAGAUCAUCGAUACGUUCGAGUCGAAGGUGUUGAGGUUGAUUAACUUGCUGGAGCUGCAGAUCAUCCAUGGCGAUUACAAUGAACAGAAUAUUCUGGUGAAUGCAACAAAUCCCGAUCGACCCAAUUCUUAUCGCGUUACGGGUGUCAUUGAUUUUGGUGACACCAGUCGCUCGCCGCUAAUCUUUGAACUUGGCAUUGCGAUGACCUAUAUGAUGCUACAGGCCAAGGAUUUGGCUAGCGGUGGCAUCUUCCUUGCUGGCUAUACCAGUGUCCAGAGUGUUAACGAUGUGGAGCGUGGCUAUCUCAAGUAUUGUGUGGCUGCUCGUCUCGCUCAGAGUCUGAUAAUGGGCGCCUAUACGCACACCCUGCAUCCGGGCAAUGAUUAUGUGCUUGUUACCCAGGCGCAGGGUUGGACCAUGCUUGAGCAGCUCUGGCGCGACCAGCUGAACACCAUUGAUGAGCUGUGGGACACGACAGCACAUCAGUAUCUCACCCAGAGCACCAAGUAAUUGCAAAGCUUUUUAUUCCGUCCAAAAUGCAACGAACUUUCUUUUGUCAAUUAGUAGUAUUUCAAAAAAAAUAAAAAAAAUUUUACGCAAAAUGAGUCCAAUUAUCAAGUAUUUGAGAAUUUGCAUUUUAAUUGUAUUACUUUUAAUGUAUAGCUAUGAAUAUAAUUAUUAUUAUUAUUAUUAUAAUUAUUGUAUGUAAACAUUUACUAAAUAUUUUAUACAUUAAAACUUGUUACAUUGUAUGCAGCUUUAAA